CCUGAUUUUCUGGGCUGCCUUGGCCCCCACGGCCUCCGCCUUCCCCCUGCCCAAUUCCAGCCCCCUUUAUCAGUUCGACGGACAGGUCCGCCUUCGCCACCUCUACACGGCGGAUGAGCAAACGCAUCUCUUUCUGGAGAUCUUGCUGGACGGCAGAGUACGCGGCUCCAAAAACCAGAACCCUUUCAGUCUGUUGGAGAUCAAAGCUGUAAAACCAGGAGUGAUCCGCAUGCAGGGCGCAAAAACCUCUCGUUUCCUCUGCAUGACCUCCAGUGGACAUCUCUAUGGUUCGGAGCAGUACUCAGAGGAGGCGUGCAACUUCCGUGAGACGGUUUUGAAUUUGAAUAGCUGCUUUCAUAAAGUCAGUCUUUAA